AUGACCGGAACCAUCUCCCCUGCCAUCUGCAAGCUCGACCAGCUCACCACGCUCAUCAUCGCCGACUGGAAAGGCCUGUCCGGCGAAAUCCCCGACUGCGUCUCUUCGCUCUCCAACCUCCGCAUCCUAGAUCUCGUCGGCAACAACCUCUCCGGCAAGAUCCCUUCCCAAAUCGACAACCUAAACCGCCUCACCGUGCUCAAUCUCGCCGACAACAAAAUCUUCAGCGAAAUCCCGGCCUCGGUUUCGAGGCUGCAGAGCUUGAAGCAUCUCAAACUCAGUAACAACCAAAUCUUCGCCCGGAUCCCCGCCGAUUUCGACAGCUUGAAAAUGCUCAGCCGCGCUCUGCUUAGCAGAAACCAGCUCAGCACCCCCAUUCCCGAUCCCAUGUCCAAUUUGUAUAGGCUGGCGGACCUGGACAUAUCAAUGAACCAGAUCUCGGGGGCGUUGCCCAGCUGGCUGGGAGACCUACUGGUGCUGUCGACGAUAAAUCUAGACAGCAACGCGAUCGACGAUCAGAUCCCGGCGAAGCUGCUGGGUAGCAGGGGGUUGGGAAUAAUGAACCUGAGCAGGAACACGUUGGAAGGGGAGAUACCCGACGCGUUUGAGCCCGAGAUCUAUUUCAUGGCGCUUGACCUUUCCUACAACAACUUGAAAGGGAAGCUUCCUAGGUCGCUGUCGUCGGUGGCGUACGUGGGGCACUUGGCGGGUCUUUUUUAA